AUGGACUUUAUGGUGUCUGCCGGAGUGCAGCUCGAUCUAGCUGAUGGCGCGCUAUGUCUACCAGAAGAAACCCGCAUUCAUCUCGCAGGACAUCGCCCCGCGUACGGAUCGAAGAUACAACAUGUGACGGCGAAGGACCAACAUGUGGUUAUCCCGGUCGGAGAGUCAAGAGAAGUGAAGAUCGGGAUCGGAGCGGCUAAGAUGAAGUUGUGGGACGCUAGAGGACUAGAUUGGGUCCCCACUGUGAUCUCGGGGUGGGGUAAGACGAAAUACCUGCAGAUGACCAACAUUGGCGACCGUGAGAUCUUACUGCCCACCCACACGAUAUUAGACUUGUGGACCGAAGGCGAUAUGGUACCACGAAAUCAAGGUUUUGUGACGGUCGGAUCGGGGAAGUACAAGAUGUGGCAAACUCUGGCGUAUGAGGCUACGACGGAUCGAGUGAUUGAACUCCCAAAAGAGCAGAUCGGACCAUUGGUAGAUCGCCCUACGUACGCCACUCCCAAAUGCAUCAUGAAGCGUCCGUCUGAUGCGUUAAAGGACAUACCUCCAGCAAUCUCCAUGGUAACGCAGCAAGAUGGCGACGACGACUUGCAAAAGGCAGAUACUGUGGUUGCAAGGGAAGAAGCGGUCAACGGAGUCGAAUCAAAUCCACUCGAUGAAACAAAUCUAUCGUCGAAGGAUAACGAUCACAACAUAGCAGAACUGGAUAGGUCCGAGGCGACGCAAAGAUCUGAAGAGGUUAAGCCGUCUAAGAUCGACGAAGCUGACUCCGCAGAAGCACCAGUCUACUAUCACGAGAGUGGGGAUUUUUUUGCCGAAGACAUCAAGCAACACCUGGCGGUGUUACCAGAGAUGAUCACUGCUACGGAAGAAGUGACAAUUAACGACAUUCAGAACGGCGAUCCGGACGUUCCUCUCACCGCCGAUCAACAAAGACUCAGAUCGCUGAUUUGGAAGAGCCGUCACCUUCUUUUGGGGAAGGGAAAUGCUCUACCACUAGCGGCACGAGGGGCGAUCUGUGAUAUUGAUGUCGGUGAAGCCGCACCGAUAGCACAAAGAGUGCGUCCGGUCGCACCCAAAUAUCGGGAGAAGCUGUCAGAUCUCAUCAAAGGACUAUUAGCAGCCAAAAUCGUUCAGCCAUCCACGUCACCUUGGGCGUCUCCGAUAGUGGUGAUCAUCAAGAAGAACGGAGUGGAUAUUCGCCUUUGCAUUGAUUAUCGAAGAGUUAACCAGCUGACGCGUCUGAUGGUUUAUCCCAUGCCGUUGAUCAGCGAACUGCUGGAAGAUCUGGAUAAAGCUCUAUGGUACUGUUCGCUAGACAUGGCUAGUGGAUUUUGGGUCGUCGAAAUGACUGAACGAGCAAAACUGAUCUCAGCGUUUGUCACGCCGUUUGGCUUGUUCGAAUGGCUGCAAAUGCCUUUUGGGCUUAAGAACGCGCCCCAGAUCUACCAACGUCUGGUUGACAAUGCGCUGUAUGGAUAUCUCAAUAUCGGCCAGAGAUCAGCCUCUGAUGGCCCGAUGGACGUGUUCAAAGAUGGGGAACCUGAGACAGCUCGACGACCCUCUAUACUGGGACGCCGAUCUUACAUUGACGAUAUUCUUAUACCAGCUACGUAA